GAAUGCCAACCUGAUGUGGACGUCGCUUUCCUGAUAGAUUCAUCCGGAAGCAUUUCUUUUAGAAACUUCCGAAAGGAAAAAAAUUUUGUCGUGGAACUGGCUUCAAAAUUCGACAUUUCCCCGGGAGGAUCCCGUGCGGCUGUUAUUGUUUAUAGUACAAGAGCAACCACGAGGAUCAGGUUCACAGAUCACUCUACCUAUGGGUCGUUUGCAAAUGCUGUGCAAAGCUUACGACAUGAACGAGGUUAUACCAGGAUAGAUCUUGCUCUUCAAAUGGCUCAUUUUGACGUGUUCAGUCGUCGAGGAAAACCCCGCUUUCUGGUGCCAAAAAUCGCGUUCGUCCUCACAGACGGAGAACAGACAAGGGCUCCAAAGCAAAUUAAACUCGAUGUGAUUUCUGACCGCCUCAAAAAGAGAGCAGGAGUACGAAUCAUAUCGAUAGGAAUUGGAAAACGUGUGAACAAGAACCAGCUUACAGUAAUCGCCAGUAGCGAAAAGGAUGUCGUGAUAGCUGAGUCAUUUGAUGGGUUGGUAUAUGAAGUGGAACCACUCUUUCAGAGCGCGUGUAAAGGGAAUGAAGGUUGGUUCAUUCUUGAAUUAGUGCUUUAACUCCCACGAUCUGAUUGUUAAUUCUCCCCUCUAGCCAUUACACAUUCCCUUUUUAAUAAGUUGCAAGAAUUUGGCGUUAGAUCAAGAGAACAACCUCAACCUGAUAACUUGAAGUAUUCUCAUUACCAGUUUGCUGUAUAUUGUAUGGAUAUAUAGGGAGAAGUUACAUGUUAAUCACCUCCGGGAGUUAAAGGGUUAAAACAAACAUCUACUAAAAAUCAUGAUACAAUAAUGUGUCGUUUUCUUCGUGGCUCUCCUCAAGAGUAAAAAAUUAGUUUGAACUGUCAAAACGUUGGAAAAAAUUAUUGUACGGACAUUAAUAGUGUUUGACUGGGUAAACCAGGGCUCCUUAAGAUCAUUGACCGUUAAAAGAGAAAUGACCUUUUUUAGAUGAAGGAACUUAAUUGUCUUAUGAAUUGUCGUUUUUAAACCACAUGAAACUGAUCUUUCCUAUUUUCACAAUACUGUUUGUAAAGUGAGCAACUAACUCCUUUCAACACUAUUCAAUUUUAGAGCUUCCCCGCUGUGGAACACAGGUAGAUAUCGCUUUUCUUGUGGACUCAUCUGGAAGUAUUUCGAGUACCAACUACCGAAGAGAGAAAGCCUUUAUUAGCGCAGUUGCCAAAAGCUUUGGAAUAUCCAAAGAUAAGUCUCGAGCUGCCCUAGUGCUAUUUAGCAGCUCAGCGUCAACAAAGAUACGAUUUGAGGACCAUUCAAGUACAGCGUCCUUUACAGCGGCCGUCGAAGCCCUUCCUCACUAGCGAGGCUUUACUCGCAUCGACCGAGCCUUGGAGGUUGCCACUCGAGAGGUAUUCCCAAAUGCCCGAAAAGGUGUCUAUCAGAUUGCCAUGGUAAUAACAGAUGGAAAACAAACCCAAAUGGAUGAUACGAAAGAUCUUAGGGAGGUGUCCAAACCGUUGCGAAAGGCCGGAGUAAGAGUAUUGGCGCUUGGGGUUGGUUCUGGAGUCGAUGAAAAAGAGCUACGACUUAUAGUCGAGAGGGAUGGAGAUGUUUUACGUGCCAAAUCUUUUACAGAAGUGAUCAGCAGAGUUGGAGCAUUGAUCGAAUCUACGUGUAAUCUAGCAGGUAAGAGCUUUUCUUACAGUAAAGAUUUCAUAUACAGGUGAAAAAUUGAGUGAAUGGUAGAGAUAUAUCGAGAAAGUGCAGCGUUCGAGACGAAUGGCCUCAAGUUGUUACUAAUGGCACAUUGAUGGAUCCGUAGCAUUUCAAUCGUUGUAAACCGAUUUUAAAAUCGUCAGUAUGAGCAAAUAAGUUGAAUUGUUGAUUAUACCAUAGUCAUCACCCGGCAAAACAUAUUAUCGAAUUUUUUUUCUUCGCUCACAAAUCCCUUAAAUGUGUCAGCAUUUUUUUACCAUAGCAAGCUAUUUUGAUAUUUUCAGGCUUCUCUAAAAGUAAAUGGUUUUCAGCCAUCUUUCCUGUUUUGUUUCAAUAUCAGUGCGAGUUUGAUUUCGUACUUGAACUUCCCAACCUUAAGAUCUCUUAGAUAUUGAGAUCAGGAUGAUUUGGACUUACAAACAUUGUUUGAUCAUGUAAAUAUGCCAGGUACAACAAGUAUAAUUAUAUGGGUUGACCAGGUCUCAAUAGUCUCUAAGCUGACUUGUUGAUGUAAAACUUUACGUGUGACAUAAUCAGCAAUUGCAUAUUUUUCAACCAUUUCAAAUUUUUCAGGGAAGUCUAAUGAUACUUAUGGAAUUUCGAGAAUCGUUCUAAAAAGCACGUAGGACAAACUCGCUAAACAGGCCGUUCCUUACCCGAAAAUAUUUCCCCCUCACGCCAAACUUUCUUUUUUCAGUUCCAGAGCCAUGCGACAUUUCUGCAGAUUUGACUUUUAUAUUUGGAUCAGGAGGCAUAGGAGCGGGUAACUUCCUCAGACUAAAGACCGUUUUAAAAACAAUCGCGACGAGCUUCGGCAUUUCGUCAAAAAGGAGUCGUGCCUCCAUCGUGACCUUUAGUGAUUCGUCUGCUUCUGUGAGUGCAUCGUUUGAAUCUUUCACAUCCACAAAGGAAUUCCAGGACGCCCUAUCCUCCUUAACAUAUAAAGAUAAACGAGGUGAUAUCCGUCUGGCACUGAAAUUUGCAGAGAAGAGGGUGUUUCCAAAGGCAAGAAAGGGGGUGGCAAAAAUCGCAGUGGUCGUCAUUGAUGGGAGAGAGAAUGAUAAUGGACAAUGGCAGGAUUCUUUGUUGUCGUUGAGGAAGGCAGGUAUCCGCGUGUUACUUUUGGGGAUUGGCACAGAAAUAAAACGCGAAUCCUUACGACAACUUGUUGAAAAAGACGAUGAUCUCGUCAUUAAGGAUUCAUUUAUAACUCUGCUGAAGAAUUCUGUUCAAGUGGCAAAGACCACGUGCUCUGCUGCUGGUAAGUACAGUUAAUCUCUGUUAGUUGCAUUUCACGUUUCCAAAUAGUGCCAGGCAAUAUAACUCUACUAGGCAAUUUAGUGUGAACAACUGAGUUGAAAACGUAAAUUGGCCACCGUAAAGGGUAAAAAAGCUGACGUUUCGAGCGUUAGCCCUUCGUCAGAGCGAUUGGAGGAAUUGUGGGUUGUGUGUGGGUUUAUAUGCAGAAAGUGGAGCUACGCUAUUGGUGGGAAUAUGUUGAAUAUUGGUGGGAAUAUGUUUAUAUGUGGGUUUAUAUGCAGAAAGUGGAGCUACGCUAUUGGUGGGAAUAUGUUGACGAGAAAACAGGAAUAAAUUAGUUGAAUGAAAAGCGCUCGUUGAUUCGGUGGGGAUUGAGGGUGCCGAUUUGGAAGAUAAAUUUUUGUUCUAGUGUUUUGCGGCUUUCCGAACUGCCUAGAUGUAAGGAAAGGCCGCAAACUGCCAUAUGCUGUUUCGAAUGAUUAGGGAGAUUAAAGUGUCUAGCGACUGGUUUGGAUGCGUCCUUGUCAUUUCUUUCCACGUCGCGAAGGUGUUCUCGGAAUCGGUCAGCUAGUCGUCUUCCUGUUUCGCCAAUGUAUAACUUAUUGCAAUAAGUGCAAGUUAUGCAGUAAAUAACAUUGGCGGAGGUACACGUAAAGUGAUCAGUGAUCUUAAUGGAUCUAUUGGGUCCCGAUAUUUUCUCUGCACAUUGCCUCUGAUUUUUCGGAAAAAUCAGAGUCGUCACUACAUAAACGACGAAGUCUGAGAAACUGUGAAAAAGGUAUGGAGUUCUUGACGUGUGAUGGAUGUGAAGAUGAAUACAACAAGUAACUAUGUGAAACUGUAGGUUUCUAGUAAACACUAGUGCAUAAACCGUUGCCUUCAAUUGAAAUUCUGAUGUCUAGAAAAGCCGAGUUUCAGAGCUUUCAUUCGAAACACCAAUAGCGUAGCUCCACUUUCUGCAUAUAAACCCACACACAACCCACAAUUCCUCCAAUCGCUCUGACGAAGGGCUAACGCUCGAACUCUACUGGCAUUUUCCCCCACAAUUUAUUUUUUGCAUGUUAUGUGACAAUUCAUAGGGGUGGAUCUGGGGGAGGGGUUCGGAGGGCCCGGCCUCUAAGAAUCGCAGAAGAAAGAACCGGCCUCUAAGAAUCGCAUAAGGAAGAAAAGCCGGCAGGGCAAGCGACAACCCCCCCUCCACCCUCCUUAGCUCAAGGUCCGGAUCCGCCACUGAUCCACGACACGUCACUCUUGGCGUAUCACAAAUUUUCUCAAAUAUGCAAUAUUUGGAGUUGUGAUCCGUAAAUUGAGGCGAAUGAGUGCAAAAUGAAAAUCAUCAAAACUUCCCUUCAACUUUGACUGAACAUAGGUUUUGACCUCUUUCAGGAAACAUAUCUUUCAGUUUGAUUUAAAAGUUCAAAUGAAAUUCUAAGACCUUGGCGUUUGAAGUGAUAAGAGUUUCUGAUUGGCUCUUGACAAAGAAAAAACACUAGUACUGUUCAUUCGCUAGCCAACCUGGUUGCCUUAUUUUUUAUAAAAAUUCAAUUUCUUUUUUCUGUUAGUUCCUCCGCCGUGCCAAUAUCCAGCAGACAUCCUCUUUAUGAUAGAUUCCUCCAAGACUUUUGACAAGAAGGAAUUUUUACAGCAUAAAGCCUUCGUAGAGAUCAUGGCAAAAAGUUUCGGGAAUAAUACUCGUUCUGCAGUUGUAACCUACGGAGAAAAACCUUCCAUAAAAUCAACCUUCGAUGACUCUUUGAACAUAACUUACUUUCUGAGCGUUGUUCGAAGUAUAGUGAAAGACGACGUAAAUGAUAAUCGACUAGACACAGCUAUCAAUAUGGCCACAACUGACCUAUUUCCAAAAGCACGACCUAGUGCGGCGAAGUUGGCAGUGGUCGUCACUGAUGGAAGUCAAACAAGUGGACCAAAUGCCUUGGAACUCCAGCAAGCUUUCGAUGCUUCCGCUAAGGCAGGUGUUCGCACGGUUGCUUUAGGGAUUGGCGAGGCCUUGAACGUGGAAGAGUGGCGCAGUCUUGUUCCGCGAAAAGAAGACUUCCUUCAAAUUGAGAAUUCUCAAGAUAUGACUUUAAAGAUACGUGACAUAGCAAAGCAAGUUUGCGCAGCAGCAGGUAACAAAAUGCGAAUAGUAUAUUAUCUGCCUUUCCGGGACGUAAAUGCUUCCCAUCCAAAACAAAAUGACGAGGGAGGACUAACCUCCUCUUCCCCUCCCCUCAUAGCCAUCAUGGAGUGCACAAGGACCGCAAAGCACCACAGUUGCAAUACUGAAAUAUGACGUAAGAGCUUAGAGUGUCCAAGAUGACUAUUUAACUUUCCUUAACUGAUGGCAUGUGAUAGUGUCGUCUUAUCGUCUGGAUGGGUGUAGUCCCGAGAAGGAGUGUUGUCGGUAGUAGUGACUGACGUUACAACAAACUUAAUUUAGCAGCUGUAGUUUUGUUUUUUCAAUCAAAAUUUUCUUGUUUAACACGUAGAGCCGAUCGAGGAACCAACCUGUGGCUACGCUAUGGAUAUCAUCUUUCUUGUGGAUUCUUCAGACGGAAUCGGUAUCGAAAACUACGACAAACAAAAAUCUCUUGUAAUAUCCAUCGCAAGGAGUUUUGGGAUCUCUCACAACACCAGUCGUGCGGCUGUAGUACGGUACAGUGACUCCGCAUCUGCUUAUUUCCAAUUCGAAGAUUCAUCGAGUACCAAUAAAUUUGAAAGAGCUAUUCAUAGAAUGUCUCUCCAAAAAGGUCCGCCAAGACUGGACAAAGCGUUUGAUGUCGCCUUGGCAAAAGUCCUUCCUCAAGCUAGAAGAGGAAUACCUAAAAUAGCAUUUGUUGUGACGAACGGUAAGCAAAAUUCUGGCGAGGAUAUGAAAGCUCUAGACGCAGCUUCUGAGCUGUUAAGGAGGGCAGGGGUCAAGGUGAUCGCCCUGGGCGUUGGCACAGAAGUUGACCUUGAAGAGCUAAAGAUCAUUGUAGAAGAUGAGGAAGAGCACAUUGUGACAGCUGAGUCUUAUAGCGAAUUGAUUUUGAACAAGGAAAACAUCAGUGAAAAGAUAUGCGAACAAGCAGGUUAGUGCAAUUUCCUACGAGUCCUCAAAACAUGUAGGCAAUUUACCCUCCCAGAGAAAGCAGAAGUCAAACCAGCCCCUGAGAAGUUAUUAAAUUUAAACUUAACCCCACUAUCUAAAUAAUAAUAAAAUAUUUGUAGUUUGUUUACAAAAAGUCCUUACAGAAAAGAAGUCUGAAAAAAUUCAGAUGCAAAAAAAUUCUCCGAAAAAGCAAAAAUAUAAAGAAAAAAAGACCAGAUAAGGGUGUUUAUAUUUGGAACAUUACAGGUGAUGAACUAAAUCUCCUCAUUCUCAAAUAAGGAAAAAGCCUAAGUCAGUUAUUACUGAAGGUAAUGACAAAAGAUGUUUAUGUUUACGAGACAUUUUUUUCAGACCUUCUGUUGUUCAAUACUAGAAUAUCUGAUUCCUCUUUGUUCUAUGAUUUAUCGAGUGUUUCCAUAGCACCCUGUCUACCAUUGAGUGAGGCUCCUCUGUCUCUUUAUUACCCCAUGGUCAUUUCAGGUGAACAAAUGCUUAUGCUCAUUUUAGGAAAAUCUUAUGUCGGUUCUGCUUUUUGAAACUAGUUAAGCACCUUUAAACUCUUUUGCCUCAUCUUUACUUCUUCCUGUGCCCCCAAAUACUAUUUAGGCUAGAUUUCUUAAGAGCUAUGUACCUAUGAUGACUUUAGCUGCAACUAACCUGAGAAAACCAAUUCGUAAGUUGUUAAGCCAUCUCCUGGUCAUCUAAAUUUAUUUUAUUUCCACUUUUUGCAAAUAGACUGCUCUCCUCAGUAAAAUCUCUCAUGUUCACUUUCAUUGCCCUAACUGUGUAUCAGUUGCAUAGCAUAACAUAAUUUGUUUCUGAGACAAUCACUGGCAAAAUGUUAAUGUACCUAAAUUUCUAUCCGGGGUAAUUACAAUCAACAACACAACAUUUUUGAUCAAAAAAAAUUCAUUGAUUCAUUCACUGAUUGAUGGAAAUCAAGAAAGCUAAUGAUGCUCGCAGGCAAGCUGCCCGUUAAAGCCUGAAUUUUCUCCAGGCUUACUUUCCACAAUUCCUCAAUUCCGCUUUACUAUAGCGCCCUCAGUUUUAUCAUAUUGUAAUAUUAUCACCGACCCCGAUUCCCUACGGAUCCACGUUGAGAGUAAUUUCACAUAAAUAACCUGACCAUAGUGGCCGAGUAUGAAGUCCUCGUCUCACGGUCAACACUAGCUUUUGCAUCUCAUUAAUGUUUACGGUUUGUCAUCGUCGCUUUUUCUGAUCAUUUCAAACCAAAUUCACGUACAUUAUCAUUGCAACUGAAUUAACACAACACAAAUCGAGUAAAGCUCCCUUUAAUACCUCACGUUGUGACGCAGCUGCCUUCACACUGUUUUCCUUGUUCGGCCAGUUAGCGCUCGCAGAAACUACAUCAUCCCUCUUCAAUCAAAGUGAACAUGCCAAAAAAAGGCUCUGCAUAACUGAGGCACCCUCAAAAGGCAUACUAAUCGAUAAGCAAAUGAUAACCAAAACAGACAGAACUUGAAUUUCAAUGCCGUAAGACAAUUACGUCACACGCCUGCGCAAGCGUAACACAAAGAACAAAACAACUUACCGAAGCCUCAAGUCUUCCACAAAAACUUAGUCGAAGCCGUUUCAAUUUCUCCUGUUCGCGCCAAGAAUUGAAAGAAAUUACUUUUCUCAGGUUAGUAUGGAGCCUUUACAAAGUGUCCUAGAGUAUCUUUAAGCUCGCUAUUGGACUAAAUUCAUGAACAAAUUCAACGAAACGAAUUUGUUCCCUUUCGGAGUUACCUUAUUUGGCACACUCCGGAGGAGAGCUUUGUAAAAUGUCUCCAGUGUCUCCAGGGAAAAACAAAACCACCAUCUGAACUCUCAAAAGUUCUUAUUCAAUCUUCAGCUAAAAAUAUCUAAAAACUCAUCCAGCCCUGGAGACUUAAAAAAAAUACUUACAAUCAAAACCUGUUAGAGGUCGAGCGCUCGAUGGAAGUGAACAUCCGGGACUUCUCGUAAGAUAAUGACCAAAUACGAAACGGAACGUACAAGUUUGUCACCUUAUUUUCGGAGUUUCCUUUCGUUGCGUGCAAAUCGCAUCAAUUUGAACUUUGCACAAUACUAGUCGCUCUCUCCAAAUGGGUCAUUUACAUCGAUGCCCUCCUAGCCUCCCAAUUUGACAGAUUGUUUUCACCUGAAGCCUGAGCUCGACAAAGGCAAUUCACAAUUGAAUGGGAUUUUCUCCUAGCAAGCCGGGCGGCCGUUUUACAUGUUUUUCAAUGGCCACAACUAGUCUGACAUGUUGCCUUUCUUUCUCCUCAGCACCACCGCCGUGUAGCACUCCCGUGGAUCUGGCAUUUAUCAUCGAUUCUUCGGGCAGCAUUAGCCGCACAAACUACAAGAAACAGAAGAACUUUGUCAAGGAAGUGGCGAAGACUUUUGGCCUAUCUCCAAACGGCAGCCGAGCGGCCAUGGUUCUGUACAGUAACUGGGCCUCAGUGAAAGCUCAAUUUGGCCAGUAUACGGACCAGAAGGAGUUCGAUGGAGCUGUAGACAGUCUGCCUUACGAGAGAGGAUUGACACGAAUCGACAAAGCACUGGACCUAACAGCCAGGGAUAUCUUCGCUCAAAGUAGGUCGGGCGUGCCCAAGAUUGCAAUGCUGAUAACAGACGGUACCCAAACCGCAGCAGCCGACGCCAAAGGCCUAAAAGAGGCUUCCGAACCAUUGAGACAGGCAGGUGUUCGUGUUCUAGCCGUAGGUGUUGGCAAGGGUGUGGACAGAGAAGAACUUCGACUGGUCACGGAGAGUGACGAGGAUGUUGUGGUGGCGGCUGACUUCGAAGACCUGCUGUUGAAACUCAGCAACCUGACCAGCCAGGCUUGCCGACUUGCAGGUAAG